UCGAACCAAUAUGCUCGUCCUUAAGGCCACUUUAUAUUCCAGCAAUUUUGUAUUUUUUGGCCUGGGCUGCGGCUUGAUGUGGAGCGGGGUGUGGCUGGCCUCGGAAGCGGACUACGUCAACUUGAGCCAACUGCUCCAUGGAUCUCUUCCCAGGCCGAUCCUCUACUACCUCACCUUCGCUGUCAUCAUCCUUGGGGUCGUCAUCGCUUCUUUGGCUCUCCUAUCCUGCUCUGCCGUUGCUCUCCUCAACAAGCUCUUGUUUGCAUUGUUUAUAUUUGGGAUUAUUGUCCUUCUCAUUGGAGAAAGUGCUUUGAUAAUCUUCGUGGCAGUUACCCCCAAGUACCUCGGCCUGGCCAUUGACAAGAAUCAGCUGGUUGAUGAUUGGCAACGCAACUACGGUGUUCCUGGUCGGGAACAGUACACGGCUGCAGUGGACUACAUGCAGAGUGUGUACAGCUGCUGCGGCGUAGUUAGCGGCAAAGACUUCGUCACGUCUUGGUGGAAAUUGAGGGAGUUGGCUGCUCCGGAUCUUGUGGUCCCGUUGUCCUGUUGUAAGCAGUUGCCGCACCAUACUCACUUAGAUCCUCUACCGGCCAAUCAGACAGCUUGCCAAGACGAAGACUUGGAAGUCCACCGAACUGCAAGGUUCAUUGAAAGCUGCUCUGAUCCUCUCAAAAUUUGGCUCGACUCAAAUAUAUACAGGAUGCUAAAAUAUUCCCUAUUUUGCAUUUUGUACCAGCUCUACAUACUCUUGUCUUCCAUCUACGGUUGCCUUCAAUUUUUUUCCAAAAACAAGAGCUGACGAAUCGCUUUCUGUUGUGUAAAAGUUUUUCCGAAAUUCGUUUCGGAUAAUUUCAACCUCAAAUCUAGACUGUCGUCCAAGGAAUCGGCAGCCGUGCCGCGUGUUGAAAUGAUAAUUUAAAAGUUUGAAAUUCAUAUAUAUUUUUUUAUGUGUGUAAAUAAUGGUAUUGUAAAUUUAAUUUGUUGUAACAGAUUUUGAUAUUAAUAUUUUUUUAUUGUUAGAGCUUUAACUUUUUCUUUUUCUAUUUAUCUAUUUCAAAUAAAAUGAUUGUCUAUUCCAGUUAUUGUGGUUCGUUACGUAAACCUUUACUAGUGUGGGUGAUGUAAGAAGAGCUAAU